CGUAGACUAUGUUGUUGGCACUUCGUGAUUUUGCACUGUGAGGGGUUCAUGUGUUGCUCGGAAAUGGCGGGCUGCUGUGAGCAAAGGAUCCAAAUACGGAGUCUCUCCGGCGAGAGGACAACCGCUUCCGUGUCGCAGAACCUUACCGUUCUACAACUCAAGCUCAUUCUCAAGCAAACUUUUAUCCCCGCAUCUUCUUCCUCCAAUUUCCAUCUAUUUUUCAAGGGAACAAAAUUGUUAUUAGAGAAUAAGGUUAGCAGCUAUUCAAUUGGUGAUGAAGAUUUUUUGGUUCUUGUUCCUUUUGCAAAGAAGGAUAGACUAAAGUCUGAACACUCUGCAACGUCCCCAGCUAUGUCAGAAUUUGCAACUUCAAAGCAAUCUGAAUCAACAUGGUGUGAUGUGGUGGAUGACCUGUCAGUUUUGUGCAGUGAAAUUAACAGCAAAAAUCAAAAUGAUGUUGAGAAUGAGACAAUUAGUUUGGGAACAAACAUGCAUUCAAAUAAUGGGAAUUUCACUUUGAAUAAUUCUUCACAAAGGAAACGCAAGCUAAAGUCCCAAGUUAUUAAGACAUAUGGACCUACAGAUGAGCUCAUAUUUGACAUCCUGCAGUCAUUUAGCAGGAGUAUAGUGGAGCAAACAUCUAAAUUUGUUAUGGUUUUAGACUCAGUUAAUUGCUUAAGUGAUCCAAAUUCAGGGAACUGCAUAUGCAUUGAAGCUCAAACACCGAACAAUGAGAUGGAUCCACGCUCUGGAAAAAAUAAAUUUUGCUUGUGCCCAUCAUGGUUGAAAAGUAAACUGAAAUUAUUUUCUUUCAUAAAUGUAUAUUAUGCUGUUACUCAACUUCAACAUGGACAAGUUACUAUGUAUUCUCUGAAGAGAGCACUUGAUGAAAUUGCUAAGUUUGGAUUUCAAGCCAGUAUAACGGAUGUUGAGUAUCUCUCUGACCUGUGUACAAAGCUUAUAAGAAUUGUUGACAAUUAUGAUGCAACAAUUACUUGUACCAAUGCUAUCGUGAUCAUUAAAUCUUCAAGUGAACAAGGCGAGCAGCACGAUGUUGCUAAAAAGUGUAUCCCAGAAUCAAAGAUAAUCAGUUCAAUGAAAAGACGGCAAGAGUGCUUCAAUACGAGUCUUUUGAAGGCCUUAAGAUCAUUAAUGCUUGAAGAUCGAAGCAAGUUUUCUAGUUUCUCCUGGGAAGAUUUCAUUCUGCAUGUGAAGCAGUGCAGUGAUGUUCCAAAUGGGAACAAAGUGAAAGCAUCUGAUUCUCAUUCAUUUAAAGCAAUUUGUCAUGAUACAAACCCAAUGCAUCCUAUGGAAAUGUUGGAUCAUCUUAGGAAAUCCAUUGGAUCUAAAGGACAGAUUGUUCAUGUUGAACAGAUCAAUGCUAGGAAUGCCACUUUUGUAGAGAUUCCACAUGAACUUUCAGAGUGUACCCAGGUUGCGUUGAGAAAUAUUGGAAUUACUAGGUUAUAUAGUCACCAGGCUGAGUCGAUUCAAGCAUCUCUUGCUGGCAAAGAUGUAGUGGUGGCGACGUUGACAUCCAGUGGAAAAUCUCUUUGCUACAACCUUCCUGUUCUUGAAGUACUAUCAUACAAUUCAUUAGCAUGUGCACUUUACCUUUUUCCGACUAAGGCUCUUGCACAAGACCAACUGAGAGCUUUAUUGAGCAUGACAAAUGAGUUUGAUCUUAACCAAAACAUUGGUGUGUAUGAUGGAGACACGUCUCAGCCAGAUAGGAUAUGGUUACGCGAAAAUGCUAGAGUGUUGAUCACAAAUCCAGAUAUGUUACAUAUGUCUAUCUUGCCAUUCCAUGGACAAUUCAGCCGGAUCCUUUCUAAUCUAAGGUUCGUCAUUUUAGAUGAAGCUCAUGCUUAUAAGGGUGCUUUUGGCUGUCAUGUCGCUCUUAUUUUGAGAAGGCUUCGUCGACUCUGCUCCCAUGUGUAUGGUAGCAAUCCUUCUUUUGUAUUUUCCACUGCCACUUCGGCAAACCCUGCUGACCACACUAAGGAACUUGCAAAUCUGCCAGCAGUUGAGUUGAUUCAGAAUGAUGGUAGUCCUUCUGGUCCAAAAACAUUUGUUCUCUGGAAUCCUCCAGUGUGUCUAAAAACAGUUACAAAAAAAUGUAAGGGUACUAAUGCUAUGAAUUCUACUGAUAGAAAUAGAAGUGUGGUUGCUGGAAGAUCAAGUCCUAUGAUGGAGGUAUCAUACAUUUUUGCCGAAAUAGUGCAGCAUGGGCUUCGUUGUAUUGCAUUUUGCAAAACACGCAAACUUUGUGAGCUUGUCUUAAGCUACACACGUGAGAUACUUAAGGAAUCAGCACCUCACUUAGUUGACGCUAUUGGUGCUUACCGAGGGGGAUAUGUUGCUGAGGAUAGGAGAAGGAUUGAACAAAAUUUUUUUCAGGGUAAGAUGUGUGGUAUUGCUGCUACGAAUGCUCUCGAGCUGGGAAUCGAUGUUGGACACAUUGACGUCACUUUACAUCUAGGCUUUCCGGGUAGUAUAGCUAGUCUAUGGCAACAAGCUGGAAGAUCAGGAAGAAGGGGAAAUCCAUCAAUCGCUAUAUAUGUUGCUUUUGGAGGGCCUUUGGAUCAAUAUUUCAUGAAGCUCCCAACCAAACUUUUUAGGAGUCCAGUUGAAUGUUGUCAUAUUGAUGCGAAUAACCCACAGGUGCUUGAACAGCAUGUGGCUUGUGCUGCUUUUGAACACCCUCUAAGUUUGCAUCAUGACGAGAAGUAUUUUGGUCCUGGACUGGAAUCUGCAGUAAUGACACUAAAAAAUAAGGGAUAUCUGAAUACUGACAUGUCACGCGAUGUUAGUGCUAGAAUUUGGAGCUACAUUGGGCCUGAGAAAAUUCCUUCAAAUAUUGUAAAUGUUCGAGCAAUUGAAACAGAACGAUACCAAGUAAUUGACAAGCAAAAGAAUGAAGUUCUAGAAGAAAUUGAAGAGAGUAGGGCAUUCUUUCAGGUUUAUGAAGGGGCUGUUUAUAUGAAUCAAGGAAAGACCUAUCUUGUGAAGGACAUGGAUUUAUCAAGUAAAAUUGCUUGGUGCCAGGAAGCAGACCUGAAGUAUUACACAAAAACCCGUGACUAUACUGACAUUCAUAUCAUUGGGGGUAACAUUUCAUAUCCAGCGAGGAAUUCUAAUAUCCAGUUCGCAAGAACAACUGCACAAGCACAAUUCUGCAGAGUUACCACUACAUGGUUCGGCUUCCGUCGAAUAUGGAAGAAAAGCAACCAAGUCUUUGACACCAUUGAACUGUCACUUCCAAACUACUCUUAUGAGUCCCAGGCUGUCUGGGUUCCAGUCCCUGCGGCGAUAAAGACAACAGUUGAUGCCUUAAGUUAUUCAUUUCGAGGAGGUUUACAUGCUGCUUGCCAUGCUGUUCUUAAUGUAGUUCCUUUGUUUAUAAUUUGCAAUGCAUCUGACAUAGCUUCGGAGUGUGCAAACCCUUAUGAUGCACGUUGUGUUCCAGAUAGAAUUUUACUUUAUGAUCCACGCCCGGGCGGAACUGGGAUUGCAGUGCAGAUUCAACCUGUAUUUACCGAGCUUUUGACUUCCGCCUUGGAACUUCUCACAUCCUGCCAUUGCUCUGGUGAUGCUGGUUGCCCUAAUUGUAUACAAAAUAUUAUUUGUCAAGAAUAUAAUGAGGUUCUACACAAGGAUGCAGCCAUAACCAUACUUAAGGGUGUUAUCAAGGCAGAGCAAAUAUGUGCAUAGUAGCUGUGUUUUGCUGAAUCAAAUUUGCUAACUCUUGUUUCCAGAACUGGGUUGGAAUUCACUUGGCAAUUCAUUCAUUACCAAAUACAUGUGUUUGAAGUUUAAACAUUACUCCAAUCAGGGCUGGGAAUUUUAUAAGUUAAAUUUCUUAAUAAUCUUAAGAAAGAAAUGUAAAGUAUGCGUUGAAUUACAGUGUGUAAU